UUCUGUUCACAGCUCAAUCAGACAUGGGUCUCAGCUUAGGAAGCAUUAUUUUGCUUUGCUUUUUGUGUCACUGUAAUUCUCAGCCUCUCCCUCGGCCAAGCAAUGGGUUGCAAGAGUGCUGGAAAACCAUGAAGAUGCCAGCCCUGGGAGUGUUGCCGGGUGGAGGAUGGGACAACCUUCGGAACCUGGACAUGGGGCGAGUCAUGAACAUCACCUAUGGACACUGUCACACUACUGAGGAUGGGGUCUAUCUUGUCCCUGAUGAGGUGUUUGUGAUCCCCCAGAAGGUGAGCGAUGUGGAGAUGAAUGCUGAGAUCCUCUCUUCAUGGUACAACGAGCACAGCUCCACUGCUCGCUCUAUCAACGCAGAUGCAUCUUUCUUGCCCAUUCUAAAUGCAAAGUUCUCUAGUGAUAACGAGCGAGUGAAAAGCCAUCAACUGAAGGAAAGAUCAGUCACCGCUUGUAUAGAAGUGUGCUAUCACCUCUACACAGUUAAGGCGUACCCUGACUUCACAUUGGACCUUCGCUUUGCCCGCCAGGCACAAGAAAUUGCAGAUGCCUUGGAAAACAACCAAACCCGUCAAGCCAUUUACCUCUCAGAAAAGCUGGUAAUGAACUAUGGCACUCAUGUCAUAACAACUGUUGAAGCUGGUGCUUUGCUAAUACAUGAGGACUACCUCAGAACCUCUUAUGUUGAAAAGACUGAUAAGUUGUCUGUUUCUUGGUUAGCCAGUGCAAGCUUUUUUGGCAAAUUUGAUUUAAAUUUAAAUGCCUUAUCCAAACAACCAACUACAGAGGAACGCUGGUAUAUGGAAAACCUCACAUACUCUUUCACCCAGAGCCAUGGUGGAGCUUUGUUCUACCCGGGAAUCACGCUGCAAAAAUGGCAGGAAAGCACCCUUAAUAAUCUAGUGGCUAUUGACCGUGCCGGGGUCCCAUUGCAUUUUUUUCUGAGCAGAGCAUCAUUUCCCCACCUCCCAGAGCCAACCAUUAAUAAAAUGGCCAUAUUAGUGCGUCAGGCUGUCGAGCGGUAUUACAAUAUCAAUAGCCAUCCAGGAUGUAUCAAGCCAGACUCAAAGAAUUUUAACUUCCAGGCCAAUAUAGACGAUGGUUCUUGUGAAGGUCCGACAACCAAACAUAGUUUUGGAGGAGUUUACCAGCGGUGUACUCAAUUCACAUCAGAUGCAAAUGUGAUCUGUAAGGACCAUGCACAGGUAAAUCCAGACACUGGAGAUUACUCAUGUCAAGCACCAUUCAAGUCCAUUUUGUUGAGUUUAGAGCAGGGUUACAGUGAAUAUGAAUGCCACGAUGAAACAUACAGUUGCUGGAUUAUUUCCAAGUGUUCUAAGAGAGUUUGUAGGAAUGGUUAUCAUGUCAGACGUGCUCGCAUUGACACUUUCUGGUGUUACUCUGCUAAUGUAACUGUGGAGUUUUCAGGAUACCUCUUCGGGGGGCUAUAUAGCCUUUUAAAACAGAAUCCCUUAACCAAAUCCAAGGGCUGUCCACCAACAUUUUUCCCUCUGAAACUGUUGUCCAGUGGGCUGAUGGUGUGUUUGAGUAAUGAGUAUGAAGGAGGUGCCCGAUACUCAGUGCCUUUUGGUGGAUUCUUCAGCUGCAAAUCUGGCAACCCUCUGACUGAAGGUCUUCAGCGCUGCCCCCCACAGUUCAGCCAGCAUCUUGCAGCCAUCAGUGAUGGAUGCCAAGUUCUCUACUGUGUGCAGUCGAAUGUCUUCACAGCAGACCAUUUGCUGCCCAUCAACUUGCCCCCUUUCACAAGACCUCCUCUGGUUAAAAUGCUUGGUACGAAAACUAUCGCUGUCAUGACAGAGGGAGACAAUGCCUGGGUCAGAGUAGGAGAGACGAAGGCGUGGAGACGAGCCAAGCCUGAGGAUAUCAGAAACCUUUCUGAGGACCUGGACCCAUCCAACAAUAUAUCAGGGUGGCAGAUAUUUGGCAGUGUUAUGUGUUGCAUCGUGUUCGUCUUCAUUAUUAUAGGAAUCGUGCUUCUGUUGAAGUGGAGAAACCGAAGGUCUGGGUUUGCAGGGAAUGUACGAUGUGAAAGAUUCAACAACGAUGGUCAGACUAGUGAUUGUGGGGAAAACUUGUGAUGAACAGCGUUAUUCAGUGAGAGUGAGGUUGCCUGAAUAGCAUGCAGAAUUUUGAGCCCAUUGUGCUGAAUCGGAUUAGAUUGUUCUUUUGACAGAAUUUGACUAAAUACAAUCUUCAACCUUUAACAAAAAUAUUUCUUUUGGAAGUUUCUUGAAUAACUAAGAAAAUACCAUUAUUGCUACAGCAUGUUUAAAAGCUGAGGUUGCCGAAACUGUUUUUCUGUGUUUAUCACUGUAAGUACACAAAGCUGUUCUCAAAUAAAAACCUAUGAUAUAGAUAGAUAGAUAGAUAGAUAGAUACUUUAUUGAUCCCCAGGGAAAAUUCAAG